AUGGGUCCUAAUAAGAAAGGAGCGAAGAAGGAUAUAAUCGGUUCAUCUUUUGGCAUAAAAGAUCUGGAUUCCAACUCUGGAGAUGACUUGAGUGACACAGAACACUCAAAAAUCACAAAUUCCAAGAGUCGGGUGAUCCAAAAUGAAAGUGAUUUGGAUGAUUUUGAUGAUGAUGAAGACGAAGAAGAAGAAGGCAAGGUAUUUAAUGUUCUGAAAAAGGCUAGUCAUGUAGAUAAUUUUAAAAAUGAAGAAAGUGAAGACGAAGAAGAUUUCAAUGACGAAGAAGAAGAAGAAUUAUCGGCAAAUGCUGAUAUACUAGACGAAGACGAGUUGCUUGGUAGUGGAAAAAUGACUAAGAAUAUAAGCUUAGAGAAAUUGACACCAGAACAGCUUGCUAAGGAGCAGAAGAAGAUCAAGAAAACAGGGGUAUGCUACUUGUCUAAAAUUCCACCAUAUAUGAAACCAGCAAAAUUACGUUCUGUAUUAUCAAGAUUUGGAAAAAUCGAUCGUUUAUUUUUGAAGCCAGAGGAUAAUACCACAUACGCAAAGAGAGUCAAAUAUGGGGGAAAUAAAAAGAAAAAUUAUACUGCUGGAUGGGUAGAGUUCAUCAAUAAAAAAGACGCAAAGUUAUGUGCUGCAACAUUGAACGGUAAUAAACUUGGAGGCAAGAAGACUUCAUAUUACUAUGAUGAUAUAAUAAAUAUAAAAUAUCUUUCUGGAUUCAAGUGGUUCGACUUAACACAACAAAUAGCUAAGGAGAAUGAAAUCAGACAAGCUAAGUUAUCAAUGGAAUUAUCCCAACAGCAAAAGUUGAACAAGAGUUUCAUUAACAAUGUGGAAAGGUCGAAAAUGAUCAACAAUAUGCAAAAUAAACGUAAGGCAAGACAAGCAGAGCUGGGUGCCGACAAUACAAAUAAUGAAGAAUCUGAUAUUAGGCGGAAUUUAAAACAACGUAAAUUAGCAAGUACUAGAGCUGACGCAGAUGACGAGUUAAAGUAUAAAUCUAAACCAAAUGAGAAAUUGAAUGACGUCUUGUCUAAAGUUUUUUAG